AGCACGGCUGAGAGCCUUACCUCUGUGCUUGAACAAGCAUCCACAUGGUCCAACUUCACCAAAGAAGAGACAUCCACUCUGGCCUCUGUCCUCCUGGAGACUGUGAAAAGCAGCACCCUAGCAGCUUUCCUGAAACCCUUAGGCAAGGUGACUCAGAGUGUUCAGAUGGAGCACUUAGAAAUUGAAAGCAAGAUCAUCAAGGAAGAAUGCACUGAAGAGAAUGAGAUCUUUCUCUUCAAAGCCAAAGGGAAUGAGAUGAAGAUUGGAUGUUCUACCAUCAAGGAAUCUGGAUAUAUAGGGACCACUGGAGUGGCUUUUGUCUCCUUUUCGGGGAUGGAGUCGUUUUUAGAUGAGAGCUUCUUCCAAGACCUUCAGACCCCCUUCACCAAGUCCCAAAGGAAGCUGAAGAUAAAUUCUCGCGUUGUGCAGGGCAUCAUGACUGGGGAGAAGCAAGAUGGGUUCUCUAACCCAGUCAUUUACACGCUGGAGAACAUCGAGCCAAAGCAGCCAUUUGAGACACCUAUCUGCGUUUCCUGGGACACGGACAUGGAAGGUGGCAGGUGGAUACACUCUGGCUGUGCAAUCCGUGAAGCUUCUGAGAUGCAUACUGUGUGCAGCUGUAACCAGAUGAUGAACCUGGCCGUCGUCAUGGCUUCUGGGGAGCUCACAACGGAGUUCUCCCUGUACAUCAUUAGCCUCGUGGGCUUGAUCUUCUCCCUGGUGUGUCUCGUCUUGGCCAUCGCCACCUUCCUCCUGUGUCGUGCCAUUCGCAACCAGAACACCUACCUCCACCUGCACCUCUGCGUGUGCCUCUUCUUGGCCAAGGCGCUCUUCCUCGCCGGUGUAGACAAGACUGACAACCAGAUGGGCUGUGCCGUCAUUGCAGGCUUCCUGCACUACCUUUUCCUGGCCUGCUUCUUCUGGAUGCUGGUGGAGGCUGUGAUGCUCUUCCUAAUGGUCAGGAACCUGAAGAUGAUGAAUUACUUCAGCUCUCACAACAUCAAGAUGUGGUACAUCUGUGCCUUUGGCUACGGGCUCCCAGGGCUGGUGGUGGCCAUCUCUGCCGUCGUGCAACCACAGGACUAUGGGAUGCAUAAUCGCUGCUGGCUGAACCCAAGCACAGGAUUCAUCUGGAGUUUUCUGGGGCCGGUCUGCGUUAUCAUCACGGUAAAGCAAGUUGCUUGGUGCAGUGUGCCUGGCUGA